CAUAUUGUUUUUGUUGUGAAAAAAUCACUAAAAAUUCUUGUUAUUAAUAUUAUUAUUAUUAUCGCAUAUUUGUUUGUAAUUUAUGUGUGUUUUGAGUUUACUUUUAAUUAACUAUUUUAAUAUGCGUUAAUACGUCUCAUGCAGUGUAUGAUGCCGACUCAGCUGAGCGCUUGUAAUCGACGACAUGCAAUAAGAUCGUCAUAAUUCCAUCGUACAUAAUCUCGAAUAUGGAGAUUACAAAUUUUAAGUGAAAGUAAAUAAAAAAAAAACCACUUCUCAAAAUUAUUGAAAGAAACAAUGGAACAAAAAUUAUGGAUAUGGAUAUGUAGUGUUUUAUUCCUUGUUACUAUAUGUAAUAGUGCUAGUCGCAAAAAAUAUGACGAAACUAAAUGCCAUUAUUACAACCAAACCAUUUGUGACAAUUCUCAAAAUGAAAAAAGUUGUACAAGUGCUAUCCAGAAUUGUAAAGCCGGAGAAAAUGAUAAGCCAUCGUAUUGUUAUGCUGUUUGGACAAAUGAUACUAAGACAAAUAAAUUAGAAAUUAAGCUUAAGGGUUGUUUUUUAAAUAAUGUCGAAUGCCAGGGUCAAAACCAAUGCAAAGAAAAAAAAGAAGAAAUCAAUUCUAAUGGCUUAAUGUUUUGUUGUUGUGAAGGAGAUUAUUGUAAUUCUGAGGUUCUAUGGGAUCCUAUUCCAACAACUCCUCGAAUAGAAACAACAUCUGCAAAACCAUUACGUGAUGAUAAUGAAUUAAUACAUACUAUAGUGUUUUCUACAAUACCUUUAGUAGCUGUCGCAAGUAUGUUUUUAUUUGUUUAUUGGGUUUAUAAACGAAGAAAAAUACCUCAAUUUUCUCAUGUUCCAUCAUCUGAUAGCUCUCACUUAGGGAAUUGUUCUCCUAUACUCAGCAAUCGUCCAAUACAAUUAGUUGAAGUAAAGGCAAGGGGUCGUUAUGGUGCAGUAUGGAAAGCUCUUCAUAAGAAAGAUACUGUAGCUGUUAAAAUAUUCCCUCCUCAAGAUAAAAACUCAUGGUUAGUAGAACAAGACAUUUAUCAAUUACCACACAUGCAACAUGACAAUAUGCUAUCUUUCAUUGGGGCUGAAAAACAUGCUAGUGUUAUUGAAGGUGCCAAGAAUGAAUAUUGGUUGAUUACUGCUUACCAUGAUUAUGGAUCAUUAUGUGACUACUUAAAAUCUAAUAUAUUAACUUGGGAUCAGCUCUGUCAUAUUGCUCAAUCUAUGGCAAGAGGUUUGAUGCAUUUACAUGAAGAAAUACCAUCAGAACGUUCAGAUCAAUAUAAACCAGCCAUUGCUCAUAGAGAUUUUAAAAGCAACAAUGUUCUAUUAAAACAUGAUUUAACUGCGUGUAUUGCUGAUUUUGGUCUUGCUUUAGUUUUUCAACCUGGAAAAUCGUGUGGUGAUACACACGGUCAGGUUGGCACAAGAAGAUAUAUGGCACCAGAAGUUCUUGAAGGAGCAAUCAAUUUUUCAAGAGAUGCAUUUUUAAGAAUUGACAUGUAUGCAUGUGGAUUAGUAUUAUGGGAAUUAGCAACUAGAUGUACUGCACAACAAGGACCUAUACCAGAUUACAGGUUACCUUUUGAAGAAGAAGUUGGACAACAUCCAUCAUUGGAGGAUAUGCAAGAAUGUGUAGUACAUAAAAAACUAAGACCUGCUUUUAAAGAUAGUUGGAAAUCACAUCCAGGUUUAAUAGCUCUAUGUGAUACAAUGGAAGAAUGUUGGGAUCAUGAUGCUGAAGCUAGAUUAUCAGCAUCGUGUGUAAUGGAACGUAUUACAUGGCAAUGUCGCCAAUAUAAUGGAACAACAGUAACAACAUUAGCACCAUAAAAUAUUUUAUUUGUACUAUAGUAUAAUAUACAUCAGCAACCUAGCUUCUGCAGGAGAAGACAUUGGUGUUUCCUUGUAUGUAAGUUAAUUAUCUAUGUAACUUUGUAAACUCAUUAAGUUGUUGAUGUACAUAAGUAGUAAGUGUAUACCUACAAAUCCGACCCUCUCACUGCCCUAACAAUUUUUAUUUUUUGACUAACCUGUAUAUAUAUUGUUUUCACUGCUCAGUGACAAAUUGUCUAUAAUUAUAAAAAGAUAACUUUGUUGAAGUUAUAAUAUGGUAUAAUCAUAUACAAAACAUUAUGAGAGGAGAUUUUCCAAGAGCAGGAUCACUUACUACUUAAAUAAAUGUAGGUAUUUUUCAUUAAUUGUUUUAAACCAGUGUUUCCCAACCUUUUUGUAAUGGUGACCCUCAAAUUUACCCCUUGUUGGUUAUGCGACCACUCCCACUAAAAAAAAAUGUGAUUGUGUAGUAUGAUUAUAUAUUUAUAUUUUAUUUAUGGGUAAGUUUAGCCAGUUGUGACCCCCAAAAAAAAAAAAAAUUGUGACCCAUAGCUGGGAAACAUUGUUUUAAACAAUCCAGAGAUCAUACUAAAGGUAAAUUAAGAAUACAUGUAUUCUGCGAAUUGGAAAAAAUCAAUUUUGUUGGAAUUAAGUUUUAUUGAUUUAUAUGAUAUUAUUAAAUAUAUUUUAAUAAAUAAAAUUUAAUUAUCAAUUAUUUGAAAUAUUUGUCGUUCUGUUGUUUAAUUGUCUCAAGACGAAGUACCAUCAUUUUACUAUUUUAGCUAUCAAUAUUUGUCAUUAAUUUUCUUACUUGUGCCAUACCUGAUGUAUGGAAUACAUCAAAAUAUUUUAUUGAAAUUGAUUUUCUCCAUUUCUAUGUGUAUCUUAAAAUAAUACCAUUAUAGUUAAGAAUUUUAUUAUAUUCUUCUACCUCAAGUUAUCCACCCUAUAAAAAAAAAUGUGCCAAUAAUCUUAAGAUGGUAUUCAUUGAGUAUAAUAUGUAUAAUGUACAUAAUAUUAGUCAAUAAUAAGAUUUUAAUUGUAUUUAAUAAACGAGUUUAUACGAAUAUUUUAUAAUUGUAAUAACUCAUAAUCUAAAUGUUUAAGCUAAAAGUAAUUACUUAACAAUAAUACUUUCACAUCCUAAUUUAUUUUAUUUGCCCCAUAAUUAUUGAAAGUUUUAUUUUUAGAUACUAUAUAUAUAUAUAUAAUUACAUUUGCAGAACACUUAGAUGUUUAUAACAUUAUGAUUAUAACACUUUUGAUGUCAUAUUAAUUAUUGUUAAUGUAUAAAAUGUGCCUCGAGUAAUCAACAUAAGUAAUAAAAUAUAAAUGUACCUAUAAAUCUCCUUUCCAUAGUUAAAAUAAACCUAGUAUGUUAUUAUUUAUGCCACUAUUUUUUGUAGCAAUUUAUAUAUUGUAUAAUAUUUUUAUUCAAACUACCUAAAUUAGUUGCAAUUUAUAUAAUUUGUUUAAUUAAAUAUAUUAAUUAACAAAAUGAAGAAAAAUAUAUUUUAUUAAGCUUUCCUUAUUUUUUGGGAUGGUUGAGGUUUUUAGCAUAAACUAAAUGUGAUUUGUUACAGCUAAUUACUGGAUAUUUUAAAUAUUUUUAAAGUUAAUGACUUAAAAAAAUACCAGCAGACUAGUAACAAGUAACAAAAAAAAAAAAAAUUAAAUUACAAUAUAAUUGUAAAUAAAGAAUACCAUUUUUCCUUAAGUUCUAAACUAUACAUUAUUUAUACUACAUAUAAAUUGUAGCUAAGUAGUUGUUUAACAUAAUUUCAUUAUCUCUCCCUUAUUUCAUUAUUGUUGCCAUGUUAUAUUUAACCUUAAUUUAAUUUAAUCUGUAAAUGUGCUGUAUUUAAUAUUUCAAAAAGAUAUUAAUAAAUGAUUACAAGUAUAAUUAUUUUAAAAUGUCUAAAUAAACAAAAUUAAUGACACAGGUAUUGAAAAAUAUUAUAGUUAAGAUAUUAUUAUAUAAUGUUUAGAUAUUAUAUAAGCAGGGCCGGCCAAUAGAAGCUAUGGGUGAUGCAAGGACUUGUCCAGGGUCUCGCUUACAGAGGGCCUUCAAAUUCAAAAAAAUAUAUUUAUUUUACAUUAUUUUAAGAUUUAUUAAAAUACAUUUUUACAUUUUAAUUGAUUUUUUAAUAACCUUAGUAAAAAUUCAUAAUGGAACAUUGUAAAUGAUUAGUGUUAUAUACAUGAACUACUAAGUUAUAACAAUAAUAGUAAUAGUUAAAAGAUAUUAUAUAUCAAGCUAUUAGUUAUGAUAUUUGAUAGGUACUUUGAACUUAUUGGUCUUGAUAAAAAAAACAUUACAAUAUAGGUACUUAUCUAUUAACUUAAAUAUAUAAAGUAAAAUUAAUGUUUAAAAUUAUAGUUAGUUUUAGAAAAAAUAAAUUUUAGUUCAAAAUGAUUUAAAUUAUUAUUUGUUUGUACUUUAAGUCCUGGUAUGUAUUAAACCCUAAAAUUGAUAAUAAUUAUAAAAAAAAAUCUUAAAUGCCUAAUAUUGUAAAUAAAAUAAAUAUAAAUAAUUAAAGAAAUAAGAAAUAAAAUCGUUUAUUAACUAAAGUUAAUUAUUCUUAUAAACAUUUAUCAUAUUAGAAGAUUGGUUUAGGACAAAGGGGUCGGCCCUGUAUAUGAAUAUUGUAAAUUCAUAUUUAAUCAACUUGUUUAUACUUGAGAUUACAUACUUAAAAUUAAAGUAGUAUAAAGAUUUUAGAUUUUAUCUGUCAUUGUUGUUUAAUUUUGUCAUUUUCAUUUGGCUAUGGUUGUAAAAUUGUUUAAUUAUUUACAUCUAGGUACUAAUAUUGUAUAAAAUAGUUCCUUUAUUAUAAAUAAAUCUCUCUUCUUUUUA